AUGACCAUCGACGACCACCCUCCCGAAAUAGAGACCCGCCGGUCUUCGUGCAACGACCUCGAAGCCCCGACUGAAGAACGACCGCUUCUAGAAAACGACGCAGGCGUGGCUUGGAAACCCCCAAAAGGGUUUCUUUGGAUUGAAAUUGCCAUCUUCACCAACGUUUUCCUGGCUGGAUUCGAUGGAACAAUCACGGCCUCGACGUAUGCACUUAUCAGCUCCGAGUUCAUUGCGGCAAACACGGCCUCCUGGUUGACGACCUCGUACCUGAUCACAAGCACCGCCUUUCAGCCGGUAUACGGCCGGAUGUCCGAUAUCUUUGGGCGAAAGCCGUGUUUUUACACCUGCACGAUCUCGUUUCUACUGGGUUGCCUUGGUUGUGCGAUUGCUAGGGAUAUUUUCCUGUUGAAUAUCAUGCGAGCUCUCACAGGCAUUGGGGGAGGUGGCCUUAUGACCAUGGCGACUGUCAUCAAUUCCGACUUGAUCCCGUUCCAUAGGCGUGGGAUGUAUCAGGCUGCCCAGAAUGUUCUCCACGGCUUUGGUUCUAUCUGCGGUGCUUCAUUCGGCGGCGCCAUCGCAGACACCAUCGGUUGGCGAUGGUGCUUUCUACUACAAGUCCCGGUCGCCCUCUUUGCCCUCGUCGUUGGCAAGUUCGUCAUCACCCUCCCGCAUAGGGAGGCCCCAGGGUCGGGAAUCCAGAGCUUGUGGCAGAAAGUAGACAUAAUGGGAUCAUUGCUUCUUAUCCUCGGACUUUCUGUACAACUCGUGGGUCUUAGCCUAGGGGGGAAUGAGCUGCCGUGGAGCAAUCCAUGGAUUAUUGCUUCUCUUGUUGGAAGUUCUGCGUUGCUGGCGUUGUUUAUCGUGACCGAAGCCAAAACCACUGCUGCUCCCGUUAUUCCCCUCCGAAUGCUGCGAGGCGUGCAGCCCAUUUGCAUUCAAAUUGCGAAUGUGUGUGUUGGUGCUGCAGCUUACGCUUUCUUGUUCAACCUCCCGCUUUUUUUCCAGGUGGUUCUUUUGGACUCUGCUAGCAAAGCCGGUGCGAGGCUGAUCAUCCCUUCUCUGGCAACACCCGUGGGAGGUCUUAUCGCCGGCAUCGUCAUGUCACGCUGGGGCAAGCUGGCGCAGAUUGUUCGAGCCGGCGCUUUUCUGAUGUUCCUGGGAAACCUCCUAGUCAUGCUACUCAGCUUUCGCGAUGCCGGCUGGAAAUACUUUGUGUAUGUCUUUCCCGCCAAUCUAGGGCAAGGAAUGGUAUACCCUGGGAUUCUAUUUAGCUUCAUGGCUGCUUUCGAGCAUGGCGAUCACGCCGUUUCAGCGUCAACCGUCUAUCUCAUCCGCUCCUUGGGCACCGUAUGGGGUGUAGCUGUGACAUCAGCCAUCGUGCAGAAUACAUUAAACUCAGGCCUUGCAAAGGCCUUGAGUGGAAUACCAGAUAAAUGGAAAGUGAUUGAUGAAAUUAGACAUUCCGUUUCGGCGAUAUACGACCUGCCUCCCGAUAUCCAGAUGGCAGCUCGCCUGGUGUACUUUGAAGGAAUCCGCAGGUCAUUUGCCCUGUCGGCCCUGCUAGGUGCAAUCGCAACAGUCGCGGCUCUGUUUGUCAAGAGCAAGGGCUUGCAGCGACCCGGCGGUGAAACGUAG